CUUGCCUCUUCGCACGCACCAUGUCGCUCUCGCAGUCGUGGACGCUUGACAACUCGAACAACGAAGUCACGGGCGACCUCCACCAAGUCCACCUAGGCUUCCCCGGACCCAUCUUUAUCGCUCCUGGUGAAUCUGCUGACGAAUUCACGUUGCGUGUGACUACCGACACGCAAGCCGUCCUCGACAACGUCGAGUUGCUAACAGAAUUGGGAUCGCCGCUCCUUCAAGUGUCAACGGGGGCCUUCGACACGACCAAGUAUCCCGACGCAACGUUUCUCGCCGAAUUGACUGUACCGUCGCAUCGACUGCAAGGUAUCGAGUGCGCAGGUGAAGGAGCGUGUGUCAUUGCGGCCGGGACCCACACAAUCGAAGGCGACUUGUCGCUCAAAGUGUCUGGGUCGGGGUCCCUCUUCGUGUCCACCGACGAUAUUUCCGCUCGUUUCAUCACGGUUGAAAACAUCGGGGCGGGCAACGUCCAGUGGACCGGGAAGCGCAUAGCGGCACAGUCGCUCCGAGUGUCCAACACUGGGACGGGUGCGGUCCUGAUCUCUUCGCCCGUCGAAAUUGUGCCCCAAGUUGUCGAUGUGCAAGUGGAUGGAAAGGGAAGCGUGCUUUUUAGCGGCAAGCCGUUCAAUGUCCCCAUCGUCACGUCUAGCGUAACCGGCACGGGCAACAUUACGUUUUUGCCCACAGGGGUGUGCGGCACACACAACAUUUCAAUCGCCAGCAAGGGUGGCGUGUACGCUGGCUCUUUGAAGGCCCAGAACACGUCCGUAACCAUCACGGGCUCUGGACGUGCCGUCAUCAAGUCGGUCAACGCGCUGUACACAAACGGCGCUGGGGACGUCACGUACGUCAGCCCUAAGCCCUUGAUUGUCGAGUCGGAGCGAUCCUUGUUCAAUCGUGGUCCAGUUCUCACGACGGACAACUUUUACAAGGCGUUCGCUUCCCUGCAAGUACCCGUCCACGAACCGAGCAAAGUCGGUGCGGCUUUGGCCACUGAAGUGCCCACGACGGGUGUUCCAGAAGUGACCGUUCCGAUCCCUUCGUUUGAAACAAGCGAACCCAUGACCGAUAGUCCCAAGGUGUCGCAAGGUGCGGGCUUGGUGCCGUCGCCGACCGAUGCUGCUCCGAACGACUUCCACGGCCUCUUGUGGUUUGUUGGCGGUCUUGGACUGGCUAUCAUUGUCGUUGUCGUGCUCCUGCGCCGUCAUAUCGCCAACAAGAACAAGGGAUACACCCCAGUCAAGUAAUGCUGUCGCGCGUCGGGGCCACACGACCUCCACCGUUAAACGCUAAUGCACACGCAGCCUUGUCGUUGAGCCUCCAGGACAUGGAUAGCACUCGGCCCGCGUAGUUGACAUCGUUGUGAGUCU